CUUCUCAUUCUCAUUUCUGUGAGAAGAGAAAAGAAACAUUUUUACGGACUUCGAUUUCCACAAUCACCGACUCGCGGAGUCGAAUUGAUAAUCUUCUCGAUACUCUCUGAAACUUGAAUCUCUCGCCACUUUCAAUCGAUUGAUCGAUCCAUCAAUCAAUCCCUAGGAAGAAAUGGUGAGGAAGAAGGUGCCGGAAUGGCUCAACAGCACCAUGUGGUCUACUCCUCCUUCUCAACCGUCGUCUUUCAACGACGAUUCUACUCUCCUCCGCCAUUCCCCCGCCACUAAAAUGUCGUCAAUGAAGAAGCAAGAGGCGGAAUCAAUUUCCGUUACUCCUCCGCCUUCCACCGCUUCUUCGGUUCAAUCACCGUCUCCUAGACCGAGGAACAACGGUAGCAGUAUCUCUGGUGAAUAUGGAAACUCGAGUGUUGCUCCUUCCUCGGCGGAGGACUUUUCCCGCCAGGCUCAUCUCUCAGCUGAGUUAUCGAAGAAGGUGAUUAAUAUGAAGGAGCUGAGGAGUCUUGCUUCACAGAGUUUGCCUGAUUCUCCUGGCAUCCGUUCUACUGUUUGGAAGCUUUUGCUUGGCUACUUGCCACCUGAACGUUCACUCUGGUCAUCUGAGUUGAAACAGAAGAGAUCACAAUACAAGCAUUAUAAAGAUGAGCUUCUUACGAGUCCUUCAGAAAUCACAUGGAGAUUGGUGAGGUCAAAGGGGUUUGAUAAUUACGAGUUGAAGAGUGGAAGCCGAUGCAUGCUUUCCCGAUCCAGAAUCACUGACGAGGACCAUCCUUUGAGCCUAGGGAAGGCAAGCGUCUGGAAUACAUACUUCCAGGAUAUUGAGACCAUAGAACAAAUAGACAAAGAUGUCAAGCGUACACAUCCAGAUAUUCCCUUUUUCUCUGCUGAGUCAUCUUUUGCGCGUUCUAAUCAGGAAUCUAUGAAGAAUAUAUUGCUUGUGUUUGCCAAGUUAAAUCAAGGAAUCAGAUAUGUUCAAGGGAUGAACGAAAUUUUGGCACCUAUCUUUUAUGUGUUCCGUAACGACCCUGAUGAAGAUAGUUCAUCUCAUGCUGAAGCUGAUGCAUUCUUCUGCUUUGUUGAACUUUUGAGUGGGUUUCGUGACUUCUACUGUCAACAACUUGACAAUAGUGUGGUUGGAAUCCGAUCCGCGAUAACAAGGCUUUCGCAACUUGUUAGGAAUCAUGAUGAGGAACUUUGGCGACAUCUUGAGAUCACCACGAAAGUAAACCCACAGUUUUAUGCAUUUAGGUGGAUCACUCUCCUCCUUACACAAGAGUUUAGUUUCUUCGACUGUCUUCACAUAUGGGAUGCACUCUUAAGCGACCCCGAAGGUCCUCUGGAAAGCUUACUGGGGAUAUGUUGUGCGAUGCUGGUACUGGUGAGGAGGAGGUUGAUCGCUGGAGAUUUCACAUCGAAUAUGAAGUUACUUCAACAUUAUCCAACUACCAACAUCAGCCAUCUCUUGUAUGUAGCUAAUAAGCUUCGUUCCAAAAUGUUAGUUUAAAGUCUUUCCUUUUUCCCCAACUUUUGAGCAAACCAACUGCAUAGUUACAUAUACAAAGCUCUGUUUGUUUUU